ACGGGCUCUGCUCGUGUGAAACCCCCACUCCUCCGUCGACCUCUCACUGGAAUUACAGGAGACCAAAAACCUAACCUGCGAAAUCGAUCUCCACCUCCAUCAACCCCUUACUCUUUACUUGUCUGCAACACGAUCAUCGGGAAUCGGCUUCUGCAAUUCUUAAUGGAGCUGUUAGAUUCAAACUUGGAGUUGAAAGAGGUUCAGAAGCUGGAAGGACACACCGAUAGGGUUUGGAGCCUGGCUUGGAAUCCGGCCACCGGCGUCGGUGAGGUGCCGCCUGUAUUUGCUUCUUGUAGCGGCGAUAAGACCGUCCGCAUCUGGGAGCAGAACCCCUCCACUCGAUCCUGGGACUGCAAGGCAGUUUUGGAAGAAACACACACUAGAACCGUUCGAUCUUGUGCUUGGUCACCCACUGGCAAAUUGUUGGCCACUGCAAGCUUUGAUGCCACUACUGCCAUAUGGGAGAAUGUUGGGGGUGACUAUGAAUGUGUUUCUACUUUAGAGGGACAUGAAAACGAAGUCAAAAGUGUGUCCUGGAAUGCUUCUGGGUCUCUUCUUGCAACAUGUGGACGAGAUAAAACUGUUUGGAUUUGGGAAGUGAUGCCUGGGAAUGAAUUUGAGUGUAUUCAAGUAUUGCAAGGACAUUCACAAGAUGUCAAAAUGGUGCAGUGGCAUCCUACUUUAGAUAUUUUGUUUUCUUGUAGCUAUGAUAAUACCAUAAAGGUUUGGUGGGCAGAGGAUACUGACAGUGAUUGGAGCUGUGUUCAAACUCUAGGUGAAUCUAACAAUGGUCACUCUUCCACUGUUUGGGCUCUUUCUUUCAAUGCUGAAGGAGACAAGAUGGUUACUUGUAGUGACGAUCUGACCCUGAAGAUAUGGGAAGCAGAUAUCACAAGGAUGCAAUCUGGAGAUGACUAUGCACCCUGGAAUCAUACUUGCACUCUCUCGGGAUAUCAUGAUAGAACAAUUUUUUCAGUUCACUGGUCAAGGGAGGGUAUUAUCGCCAGUGGAGCGGCUGAUGAUGCUGUAAGAUUGUUUGUAGAGAGCAAACAUGGUUUGAUGAAUGGAGCCUCGUAUCAAUUGCUAUUGAAGAAGGAGAAGGCCCAUGACAUGGAUGUGAAUUCAGUGCAAUGGAGCACAGGGGAUAAGCGUCUACUUGCCUCUGCAAGUGAUGAUGGGACAAUAAAAAUAUGGGAGCUAGCAACUUUGCCGUGAUUCAACUUUUGCCCUAACAUGGGGGACGUUGUUGAUUUCCGACCAGGGAUAAUACUAGAGGAAAACUUGUACAAGAAAUUUCAUGUUGUUUAUCAGGGAAAUGCAGUUGAAAUUACAAAUGAGUAGUAGAUUUGUUGUUAUUAAAUGUUAUUAAGAACAGAGUUAAAUAGGUGAGAGACACUACAACUGAUCCCUCUCUUUACCAUACAAUAGUUAAUGACUUAUUUCGUAACUCUCAGAGAGAUUAUUUAUUUGCAAGUUAUUACAUGUACUUGAUUUUUUUUUAUUUUUUUUAUUUUUUUUGUCUAAUGAAUUUCCGAUGUUUGC